AUGAAGUUCCUGUUGAUCUUAUCCAGCCUGGCUCUCUAUAUAGCCGUUACCUCUGCCCAGGAAUGCGAUGGACUUCCUUCUACCCAAAAUUGCCUCGGCGGAAAGGACGAAGGAUCAUCGACUCGAGCUCGUGGAGGACCGCCUUGUGACCCAAAGCCAAAUCGCAAUAUGUGGUACUACAGCUCUGUAACUAGAAAAUGCGAAAAGAUGAGCUACAAAGGAUGUUAUGGCAACAGGAAUCGCUACUGCACAUUGCGAAGCUGUCAAGUUAAAUGUAUUCGAAACUAA